ACAAAGAAUGCCUGCUUUGAUGCCUAGUCAGAGAGAACGACAAGACGAGACUACGCCAAUAUUUCUUCAUUCGUGCCUUUUACAAUUUAUCCUUUACUUAAAGCGUCGACCCACUAUACUACUCGUUGAAGCCUUGUAUCCAAGGAUACCGUAAUUUAGUUUUGCAACAGUUCUGACUCAGACAGCUGCGAUUUGGAGAAAUCUUCAUUAAUUAUUAACGAGCGGGUUUUUAGAAGUAUACCUUAGAAGUAACUGCAUUAACUAACUCGGAGAUUAGUGAAGCCAUAAGAAAUGUCAUUUCGUAGACGAGAAGGUAUCCAUGAUUGAAUUUUAAACGAUGCCUCAAGGUCUUAAUGAAAAGAAGACUUGAAGAAAUAAAAGAAAGAGAGCAGAUGAACUUCGACCUCUUUCCAUCAUGCCGUGCAACACUGGUGCUACUUGUCAGAAUAACAUCAAAUUUUGGGUAGGAUUCUGGUUACUAAGCUUCCUUUAUCUUGUUCUGACAGAAGACUGCUGCAGGGUUCAGCAUUUUAGAGAAAUUUAUCCUGACAGUGCUUUCAACAAAAGCAUCAUCAACAAUGUCACAGUGGACGAAGAAGAUCAGUGUCAACUGAGGUGCUAUUUGCAGACUGACUGCAAAUCCUACAACCUCGGUCCACUAUCUCAACAAGGCAAACGAGUGUGCGAACUAAGCAGUUCGCGUUAUGAAUCACACGUGAGCCAUCUUGUUUCUCGCCCCGGUUUCAUAUACCGUCCUUCUGAGAAUUUAUGCAAAUCUGCAUGCCCAGAGAACAAAAACUGUUGCCCUCGUGGCGAAGGAUUCUCGUGCGUAUGUUUUGAUUCUGGGUUUCAAGGAGAAGGGUGCGAUGAAGAUGUAGAUGAAUGUUCAGAAGGAACUCAUAACUGUGACGCUAGGAAUGCCAUGUGCCAAAACACAGUUGGCAGUUUCAUAUGCACGUGGAGUUCAAACCAAGUCCCGUAUGGAGAUAAGUGUGCAGGUUUUCCUUUCCACUGGGCUCUAGAUGGCAUGGACAGCUUACUAACUUUACGAGGAAGUGCUGGUUUCGUAAAGCAAAAUAACAGAAUGGUUCUCUACUUGGAUGGCACAGGAGUAAACUUUGCUGAGACACCAGCCAUUCCACUCCGCCAAACAGACUUGACUAUUGCAGUGUGGAUCAAACUUGUAUCGCCCCUCACUCUAGACUCAGUUCAAACUAUUUACAGUGAUUGGUCGCGUCCUUGGCAGUUCAGGUUCUUUAUAAUGGACAGAGGUUGUCCUGUUUUUCAAGCCAGGAGAGACGUUAACGGAAUCGAGGAUAUAUUUGCUCUUGUAGUUACUUCGGACCACCGUGUUUCUCGAGAUGUGUGGAGUCACGUCGCUGUAACUUGGAGUCGCAUGCACGGCUUAGUGCAAAUAUUCAUAAACGGACAGAUGAAGGCUUCUCGCAAUGUUGAUAGCCAUUUACUUCUAGACUUCAAGAAUUCGGGGCACAGUGUCUACGACAUUGGUUUAAAAAGGGACAGUUCUACAACGACUCACGCUUACCUCAGCGAUCUUAUGGUCUUCAACCGUGACCUGUCCGAGAUUGAAAUCAGAAAUAACUUGUUUCAAUCGAAUCCCCUUCACAGUUACAUCUCUGUUGUCUCGCCCGCAAACAGCCUUUAAUGAGGUGGUCGAGAGAACUAGGUGCUUUCCAUUUGUUACAAAAAUCUGAUAACUCCAAUGCGAAAUAAAAGGAUAUGGCCGUUUCCAACGGAAACUUUUCUGAAAAAGGAAUAGUAUAGGAAGGUGUUCCUGUUUUUUUUGUUUUUGAUACUGUAUGGAAGAUUUGAAGAACCUUUUACGGGAAAUUUUGUGGAAAUUGCCCUUUGCCAGGCCUGUACUGAGCCAUGGCGUAGUUUUAAGUGAUAAUUAAGACUACUUAGCUUUAUCCUUUUCCUUUUUUUUUGUGGCCACAUUACUGCAAUAAGAGGUAUACAAUACUGCUAAUGGUCUAGGGGCUGGUAUUUAUACGAGGUCUAACUCAAAAGGCGCUUUUCAAUCGAGUGCUGUUAAACCAAAACCAAUGUGACCACAAUGGCCAAUCAGAGCAAAGAAAAUAUGACAAGAAGCCAAUAAUAACUUAAAUUAUUAUCCAACUACACCCCGUAGAGUACAAAUAACGCCAGAGACGAGUACAAAUAUAACGCGGUACUUGU